GUGCGCAGAGCCAAACUACACCUGGUGGAUCUUGCUGGAAGCGAACGUAUCUCCAAGAGUGGUGUUGAGGGCGACUUACAGAAGGAGGCCCGCUACAUCAACCUGUCCUUGCACUACCUGGAGCAAGUCAUCGUGGCCUUGCACGAGCGCUCAUCUGGAGCCCGCCACCAUGUGCCGUACAGGAAUUCCAUGAUGACGUCCGUCCUUCGAGAUUCCCUCGGUGGGAACUGCAAGACCGUCAUGGUCGGCACUGCGGCUAUCGAAGACCGUCACCUGGAGGAGUCAAUCUCCACGUGCCGGUUUGCUCAGCGGGUCGCGGCGAUUAAGAACAAUGCAACCGUCAACGAGGAAUUGGACCCUUCUUUGCUCAUCCGCCGCUUGAAGAAGGAAGUCGCGGAGCUCAAGGAUGAGCUGACGCUCCUCAAUGGGGACGAGAAUGCAGAAACGCUGACGGAUGAAGACAAGAAGGAGCUCCGAAAUCUAGUGCAGGGCUACGUGGUGCAGCAGGAGGGUCCUGGUACCCAGAGGAAGCCAGCAUCUGAACUGGUUCGAGAUUCUAGAGCUCGGUGCGCGAAAGCCACAGAAUUUGAAGACGCUUCGGUGCUCAUGAUGGCGGUUUCGGGCGGAGAUGACCUGAACAAGCCGACGGGCGACCUCAACGAAGCUGAGCGAGGGGAGAUGAGGGUUGCCGAGGGUGUCCCAGUCGUUGGCCCAAGUCCCGGCAUUUUGGGAGCACCUGAGCUCGCAGCCCCAGCUGUCUUCAUACGGCCCCCGGAGUGGCUUGUUGUCUCAAACUACCGAGUGGCUGUCCUGUGCUGUGCCUCCAUCAACCUUCUGACCAUCGUGCUGAAUGUGGUCACUGCAAUAGUGAACAACGCCAAGUUUCCCUGGGAUCCUAGUUGGGGAACUUGGCCGGUGAUCGUCUUGGGCGUGGUUUUCAUGCUUGGCCCCAUCUGCGGCCUCAUCGGUGCCAGUUACCUCAAGCGUGGACUUGUGACUGCUUAUGUCGGCGUCAGCUUUCUGCAUUGUGCAAGCCAGAUAGCUUUUGCAGUUUCGACAUUCUUUAUGUCCGCGAUUUUCUUUACGUUCGUACAGGCCUGGGUGACGAAAAUCGCGGCCACGUUCUGGUACUGUUUGGGCACGGUUCCACGUGAGCAUCGUAGCCAGCUGUUGGAGCUGAAGACCGAAGAGGUGCAAAUGGUGUACUGGUAG